GGCCAAUCACUUUUGUUUUGGUCGUCGCAAGAUGAGGUCGACUAUAUCGCAUCUGGCUUUAUUAUUCUGAUUGCAAUUUUAUUAAUGGACCAAUGCCCGUGUGAACGGAUCCACGGCCAUCUUCGAAUCACUUCGUAUUACAAUCCACUUGCUAAUUUGCCCAAUGUGGCCAUCAAUAAAAUUGGCAUGUUGGAGUCGAAAUUGAUUUACAUCCUCGCGAAAUUCCUUAACUUCACAUACGAAAUUUCCGUUCCCACGGACGUUCAUCAGUUGGGCUCACAUGACGAAACGAAAGGCAACGGUUCGUGGACUGGAUUGCUGGGCCAAUUUCUUCGCGAUGAAGUGGAUAUGUCAAUUUCAUUUGGUCCUUGGUUUCACUCGAGGCAUUUGGUUUCGUGAUUUCCAUUCAAUUCUGAAUCAAAAUCAUGUAUUGACAAAACGAAUUACUUAAUCAGAAUCAGCGUUUAAUUUUCAUUAUACCGUGUGAUUUCUGUUGAAUUUCAUGAGAUAUUGGUUUUUGCAGAUUUUGACAAAAGUGGGAAGGCUUAUACCCUUCCCACUUUUUCAGUUUUGGCCAAAUUUUAAAUUUUCCUUUCAAUACAUCAUUUCGAUUCAGAAUUGAAUGGAAAUCACGAAAAUCAAGUUUAUUUUUACGUUGGUGUUAUAGUUUUUGAAAAAAAACGUAAAAAUCCAAAAAUGAAGUUGGUGCGCUAACAGCAAUUUGUUUUCGUAUAAUUUUGAAAUGGCUAGUUUGACGACCAAAUGAAUUUCUUAAUCAGAAUCAGCGUUCAAUUUUGAUUAUAC